UAAUAAUACUAAAGACAAUGGGAGGCUGGCAGGGAAUGGGAUAGAUAGAGGAAUGUGAACUGAUCCAGCCACUGAUUAAUAAUCUCACUUCAACUUGCAGUUACUGAAUUGCAAAAACUCACUUCAACUUGCAAAAACUCACUCAUUGUUGCUCACUAGUUUAUUCCCAUUAGCGAAAGGGGUAUUACUCAUCCAAGAUGAAGAAGUCCUCUGUCCCAAGUUAAACACUGUCUUGGGUAAAGGACUGUAGUUUGGGAUAAUCAAAUUUAUUUGCUAGCUUUAAGUGGGCUUGUAAUGCGGCAGGAGUGGAUAGCUGUUGUACUUAGUGUCCACUUGGUUUAAAAUAUGCAAAUGUUUCCUUAAUGAUUGGAUCUAAGGAAACUGUGUAGCAUGUGUUUGAAUUAUCUGUCUCGUAAUAUGUAAUUGCAAUUUGCACAUGCUGCCCAGGAUAACAGGAGACUGAUGAGUGAAUUAUUCCCUUCCCAACUUGUGUUAAGGGUAGGAGCUUUCUAUUUAAUCAGGGAGCUAUAUUGCCAAAUUUGGUCGACCGUUUCUACCUGUUUUAAGGUCUACUUGAUCUCUAUGUCUUUGCUUGUUCUUGUUUUGAUAGUUUUGAAGUUGAUUCAGUUUCAGGGCCUGAAAUUGCUUCUGGGGCUUUGAAUGUUAUAGCAGUUAUUUAAAAUUUCUUUAUGUCGAAUUGAUCGUUUGAUGUACUUAUUUAACUCAUUUAAAAUUUUAAUUUCAAAAGGAUGUCUCGGCUGUCAAGGAUGUCUUCAAUGGAAAGACGCAAGCUGAUUGCGGCAAUUAGCGCAUUUUGGAAUCUCAUUAUAAUAUAUGUCGAGUUAGGGAUGGAAGUAAUGAAACUAACAGAGCUAUUGCUUGUAAAUCCUAGACUUGGUAGACAGCCCUUAGAUGGUUACGCGAUGAGACACUAUGAUCGACAACGAGUCAUUUACAAAUGUACCAAAAUGAGUGAUACCGAAAGCCAUAGGAAGAUAAGGAUGAACCGUACAUUAUUCACAAAGUUGUGUGACCUUCUAGCUGCUGAAGGUGGUUUGAAAAGAACAAGAAACAUAGAAAUAGAUGAGAUGGUUCUCACGUUCCUCUUAACUAUUUCACAUAGUGACAAAAAUAGGAGUUUAGCAGUAGAUUUGCGUCGUUCCACAGAAACCAUUUAUCGGUCCUUUCACCGGGUGUUGCGGGCAAUCCUUAGACUCAACAAGCUUCUAAUGAAGAAGGCUGAACCAAUUCCAGCUGAUUCCACUAAUAAAAGAUGGAAGUAUUUUAAGGUUUGCCAACUAAAAACUGUUCUUAUAAUCUUUCUUAUGGAGCAGCUUGUCUAAAUGUGUUGUGUAACAUUUUUUUUUCCUUCUUCAUUGAUAUAGAAUUGUUUGGGAGCUCUUGAUGGGACCCAUAUAGAUGUUCGACCACUGAAGGAAGAACAAACUAGGUAUCGAGAUAGGUCAGGCCAUCUCACAAUGAAUUGUUUGGGAGUUUGUACUCCCGACUUAGAAUUCAUUUACUGUCUUGCUGGAUGGGAAGGGUCUGCCCAUGAUUCAAGGGUCUUGAAUGAUGCAUUGAACAGGCCGAAUGGCCUUGUUGUGCCAGAAGGUAAUUGUAUUACAAUCAAUAAAACUAAUUGUUAUGUGCGUCAAACUUGAUUCAAGGGUUUAGGAAAUCUAAUUCAGAAUUUUUUUUGGUUUAGGGUGUUAUUAUCUUUGUGAUUCUGGCUAUGCUAAUAGUCCCGGAUUUUUGACCCCGAUUCGGGGUCCAAGAUACCAUAUUGAGGAAACAAGGGGACAUCUGCCACAAACAGCCGAAGCAUACUAUAAUUGGAGGCAUGCUCAAGCUAGAAACGUAGUAGAAAGAAUCUUUGGAGUGUUAAAAAUGAGAUGGGCAAUCCUUAGGGAGUCAACUUGGUUUUCUAUACCUGUUGUAGCUCGAAUUGUGCUAGCUUGUUGCAUUCUGCACAAUUUUAUAAAGAAAGAACAUGGAGUCGAUAUAUAUGAAAGAACAGUUCGAGACCAAGACAUACAACAACAUGGAUCAAAUGAGGUUGAAACAAUGGUCGGAAUAUCCAGCACUCAACCAACUGAAGCUUGGAAUCAGUUUAGGACUGAUUUGGUCUCGGAGAUGUGGCAAACUCGACCUGCUAGAUUUCGAGCUUCUUCUUCAGUUUGAUUAGUUGUUGUUUGAUUCCUUAUGAACCCAGUGAAUGGAAAUGAGAUUUUAUAUAGUACAGUAGCCAUGAACGUUAAUGGUUACAGAUUACAUAGUAGUGCAUAAAUAAUUACGUCUGGUAUUCUCGCAAGAAAGAAGCUGGCUCACAGCAUUGUCAAAGAGAGACUUGCAGCUUGCGUGAACAUAGUUCCAGGUGCAUGCUUAAUCAUCCUUGUCAGUGUUUUUCUUCUGUUUAUUCUACCUGACAGCAAACUUGUUGUUUUCUUUAAUUGCAUAGCAUUAUUGCUUGAACCCCUCAACAUGACAAUAAUUGAAUAUUAGCCAAAUGCAUUGGAUGACAGCAAACUACAUUGAGAUUUGAAAGAAAUGCUCUUUUUGGUACUUCGACACAAACCCAAUUCUUAGGCCUACUAUAUAUAUAGAAUGGACAAAAGGGUCAGUGAAGCUGCAAAUUCAUCAAAGCAAUCACAAUCAACCAUAAACCCUUCAGCUCUUAACACCUUUCCAACUUUUGACUGGCUUUGAUGAACUUUAGAGUUCAGUGUGUAUUGUGGUUGACAUGGAAUAAUUUUCAGUUGCAACUCUUCUCAUUAGUUCUGUUUUGCAGCAUGGUAAAGAGAAAGCAACGUGAUGAGGAUAUGGACGGUGCUUCCUCUAAGACAUAUACUUACUGGAAAGAGGAACUAGACAAGCCAUUUGUUGACUGUAUUAUGGAGCUAGUAGAGAAGGGGCAGAUUGUUGACGACAACUGCAAGAAUGGGGCUUAUAAGCAGUUAGAGAAGCUGUUGCAGGAAAGAGUGCCGGGAUGCAGGGUCAAGGCAUAUCCUAACAUUGAAGGCAGGUUCAAAAAACUGAAGAAGAGAUGGCAUGCAAUAACUUUUAUGAGGAAACAAAGUGGCUGGGGAUGGGACGAGGUCAACAAAUGCAUUGUAUGUCCCGAGGGAUCUUGGGAUGAGUUUGAGAAGAAGCACACAAGCUGCAGAGGGUUGAACAAGAAAAGAUUUCCUGUCUACGAUGACUUGGCACCGGUUUUUUGCAAAGGGCGUGCAAGUGGUGAGCAUGGGGUCGACACCAAUGUUGUUGACUCUAUCGAUUUAGAGGAUGAAGAAACUGCACCUGUCGAAAAUGAAGAAAUGGAUGAUGUGUUGAUGGAGGAAAUACAAGCAGAAAUGGCAGCACAGAAUAAUCAAUCUGCCAGUGUUACCGCUUCAACCGAUGGUGCUCCAAUUAAGAAGAGAAAGAAAGGUAAGACAGUCGAUGAGCACCUCGCCAACUCCACUGAGGAAAUGAGAGAACUUCGACCACUGAUUAAGCAAUCAGUUGACACUAUUGCAAGAGCACUCGGAGAGAGCGAUGAUCUCAUUAGCAAGAGAUCGAAUCUGCUGAGGAAGCUGGAAGAACUUGGAGGCCUCACAACAACUGAUAUCAUUACUGCAUUGCGGAAGCUCUCUAACAACGAUAGGGACCUGGUGACAUUUUAUUCGUUGGAGGCAGAUGAAUAUAAGAUGGCUUUUGUUAGGGGAUUGCUUGGAUGAAGGCGAAUGAUUUUAGGACGAGCUGGAAUUUUUCUAUAUUGCUUAUGAUAGGGAUCUGGGUUGAGCUUUUUGGGGAUAUACUGUAUGUUUCUUGUUUGUUGAAAGAUGGUGUUUGGUAGGGAAGUUAAAGUGCAUUUGCAAAGACUUGUUAUUGUGGGUUUGAUUACUUUGUUGAUGUUGUUGGUCACAGCCAAACAAUAUGCAAAUGUCAUUGCGUAGUAGGGGAAGAAAUGAUUACUUUGUUG